CAGCGCGCAGGUUGACGCUGCUGACGCCGCUCCUCCGCCAUCUUCAACUUCCUAUUGUUUGCAUCAGACUGAGGCUGUCUGCGGUGUGUGUGAGCGCAGAGUCGGCCACAGAUUUAUCCUGUAAUAGUAGAUAUAACCUUUACGUUCGCCGUCGUUCGAGCUCAGCCACAAACCAUUUGUAUGUCAUUGAAUUAAGGACCUCUCAGGACGCGACCACUAAAACCUUGAUGAUGGAGGACGAUCAACCCAGAACCUUGUAUGUGGGGAAUCUGUCCAGGGAUGUUACAGAACCCCUCAUUCUGCAGGUCUUCACACAGAUAGGACCCUGCAAGAGCUGUAAAAUGAUAGUUGAUACAGCUGGAAAUGAUCCGUACUGCUUUGUGGAGUUCUAUGACCACAGGCAUGCUGCUGCCUCAUUGGCAGCUAUGAAUGGAAGGAAAAUAAUGGGUAAGGAAGUCAAAGUCAACUGGGCCACAACGCCAACCAGCCAAAAAAAAGACACAAGUAAUCACUUUCAUGUGUUCGUUGGAGACCUCAGCCCAGAAAUAACUACAGAAGACGUCAAAGCUGCCUUCGGUCCAUUUGGCAGGAUAUCAGAUGCCCGUGUUGUGAAAGAUAUGGCUACAGGGAAAUCUAAAGGCUAUGGCUUUGUGUCUUUCUUCAACAAAUGGGAUGCAGAGAACGCUAUUCAGCAGAUGGGUGGUCAGUGGUUAGGGGGCAGACAGAUCCGAACUAAUUGGGCCACAAGAAAGCCCCCCGCCCCAAAGACCACCUAUGAAAAUAACUCCAAGCACCUAUCCUUUGAUGAAGUAGUGAGUCAGUCCAGCCCCAGUAACUGCACCGUGUACUGUGGUGGAGUCAGCACAGGACUGACAGAGCAACUGAUGAGACAGACCUUCUCUCCUUUUGGACAAAUUAUGGAAAUCAGAGUUUUCCCUGACAAAGGCUAUUCAUUUGUGAGGUUUAACUCCCAUGAGUCAGCAGCCCAUGCCAUUGUGUCGGUGAAUGGCACCGCAUUAGAGGGCCACAUAGUCAAAUGCUACUGGGGUAAAGAGACCCCGGACAUGAUGAACCCAAUGCAGCAGAUGCCAAUGCCCCAGCAGAACAAGAUGGGCUUCCCUGCAGCCCAGCCCUAUGGCCAGUGGGGCCAGUGGUACGGCAACGGGCCUCAAAUCGGCCAGUAUGUCCCGAAUGGGUGGCAGGUCCCCACCUACGGCGUCUAUGGCCAGGCCUGGAACCAGCAGGGCUUCAAUCACUUACCGGCCAGUGCUGGGUGGACUGGCAUGAGCGCCAUCAGUAACGGUGGGGUUAUGGAGCCUACACAGGGAUUGAAUGGGAGUAUGCUAGCCAACCAGCCCGGUAUGGGAGCCGCAGGAUACCCCACACACUGAUAAGGGGGCAGGGUGGGAGAUUUGUCAACCAUCAGCCUCUUAUUGGCUGUAAGGUGCCCCGCGGGGCUGUGUAACACCGCCUCCACUUGUGGCAGGACUAAGACUUUUACUGGGAUGUGGAACCUAAUGGGAAGGUUGUCUAUAGGAGAUGUAAAUGGGAUUUCAUUGGGGGGGGUUGAGGUAACGGGAGCCAGGGAGGAGCGAUUUGACCCACACAGGUAUUUACACCCUUUGUGGUAGCCAAGACUGGCCAUGAACCAGGGCUCUUACCAUUUUUAAGUUAACUGUAAAUGAGUAUAAAACUGUAAAGGAGAAACUUUUGGAUUUUUUUUUUUGUCAGGUUUUACAAAUUGCUUCCAUUUUCACAUCUUUCCUCUCCGAAAGACACUGAGAGGUUUGUCAUUUUUUUUAAAGAAACUGUUAAAGUCUGAGUCGUGCUAAGUUAUGAACCUUAGAUAUUAUUUGAGGAAUGGAAAUCUGUUUAAUUUGUUCUCAUUCUCUCUUGGAUUAAAAUCAAUUGCAGGGAUUGUUGCCACUGCUGUUUCUCUGUAAGGGCAGAUAAAUAUUGCACAGUUUUUCCUCUCUUGUACUGGGACAAAUUUGACAACCAAGAGUGUUUCCUUUUUUUUUUUUUUUUUUUUUUUUUUUUUUUGGCAUUCCAUUUCUCCUUCAUAUCUUUCGGACAACCUGCAAAUCUUUUCGCCACGUGUAAAUAACCAUUCAUUCAUUUGAAACGAUGUAAGUAAAAUGCUACUGUUAACUGUGGGUGCUUGCUUUCUUUUUUGUUUUGAUAACUCAACAGUUAACUCCAACAUUGUACGUAGCAGAGUGGCACUAUUUAAUGUGACACUGGCACAGUGCAACACACAUGAUUCUUCCAUGCAGGGAUAAGACAGCAUUGCCAUGCAGUGCAUACUUAAAAUUUAACACACUUCAAAUGUUAAAGGGUGAACAUGUUUGACACUUCUGAUGUUUUUUAAAUAUCUAUUGAAACGCCAGUAUUUUAUAUCAAACAUCUGAGUGGAUUCAACCUUUACACUUGCUCUUUUUGCCAGAGAAAUGGGGAGGCCUACAAUGUAACUGUUGCCUUAUAGAGCUGGUUUCUUUUAGCUGACAAGAUACUCUUUUUAAUUAGGCAGUGCCUACAGACAUUUUCAGACCCUUUUGUUUAGAAAGGUGUUAGCCCUGAGAACUGAUGACUCUGCUACUGUAAUCAAUGUUUUCUUGCUUUGUCCAAUUAAAAUGCUAAUGCACAUAAACCACAA